AUGGUUUUCCGUCCUCCAAAAUGGGUUCCCCAAAUGCCGUCAAUACCGGACUCGACUCCAAUUCUCGACUUCCUGUUACAAGAAGAGUUCGGGCGUCAUAAGAUUUCUCAAUCACAUCCACCCUUAGUUUGUGGGAUAUCGGGAAGAGAAUAUAGUGUACCUGAAGUUAGCAAACGGACGAUAUCAAUCGCAAAAAGUCUUCUAAAGAGCCUUGAAUGGGAAGUCAAUUCUGGAACGCAAUGGGAAAAGGUAGUGGGAGUCUUCGCUUUUAAUAGUAUUGAUACUCUUCCAGUGGCAUGGGCGGUACAGCGUCUGAACGGCAUUGUCACUCCGGUCAAUGCCAUAAGUACCGCCGAAGAACUCACUUCUCAAUUACGCUCUUCGGGUGCAAAAGCGCUAUUUACUUGCGCAUCGCUGUUAUCUACUGCACUAAAAGCUGCAGAUAUUGUUGGAAUCCCACGUCGGCAUAUCUUUUUGCUGGAGGUAGCGGCUGAUCAACCAAACCAUGGUUCAAUCUACUUCAGAACAGCUUCGAAAUUGGCUGCCGAAGGCCAGAGCCUCCCUCCACUAGAGCCAAUUGGGUGGUCACCCGGCCAAGCAAAAACACAAGUAGCGUUCCUCUGCUACUCGAGCGGCACAUCCGGAACACCCAAAGGCGUUCUUAUUUCUCAUUAUAACGUGAUAUCCAACAUCAUCCAGAUGCAUACCACUGAGCGAAGUGUACGAAAAGAAAGGCUGAGUUUAGCACGCAGCACAGAGUUGGAUAUCGGCAUUUGUGUCCUACCGCUGAGCCACAUCUACGCAUUAGUUGCAAUUGCCCAUACUAGCUUUUAUCGAGGCGAUAAAUGUGUCAUCAUGCCAAAAUACGAAAUCAAUAGCUUUUUGCAAGCUAUUGAAAUGUUCAAAGUUAGCUUGCUUUAUCUGGUUCCUCCCAUUGUUCUCAAUAUCCUGCAAUCUCCUACACUGGUCAGCAAGUAUGACCUUAGUACCAUAUCUGCUGUCUUCACAGCUGCAGCGCCUUUAGGUAAAGAGAUGGCGCUGGCUCUGGAACAAGCUUUUCCACAGUGGAAGAUCCGUCAGGCUUACGGUUUUACUGUUGAGAACGACAUCUCACCUGGCUCGUCUGGCUCUUUAGUUAGUGGAUACGAAGCAAAACUACUUACUCCUGAUGGAAUCGAGAUAACAGCUCUAGACGUACCUGGAGAGCUCUAUCUGCGCUCUCCUUCUAUUACUUCUCUUGGAUAUUUCCGAAAUAAUCAAGCUAGUAAGGAAACAUUUCUCGAAGAUGGAUGGCUGAGAACUGGGGAUGAAGCUAUGUUCAGGCUCAGUGAGCAAGGCAAGAAUGAACACUUAUGGAUCACCGAUCGUUUGAAGGAGCUGAUAAAGGUCAAUGGUCUCCAAGUAGCGCCUUCUGAGAUAGAGUCUCACCUUUUAUCACACAUUGCAGUUGCGGACGUUUGCGUUAUACCUAUUCCAGACUUGCGGACUGGAGAGGCACUCAAAGCCUACAUAGUGAAAGCUGAAGAUUGCCGGGGAAUAGAUGAUGUGAGCCUCGGGGAGAUACUCAAAGUCCAUGUUCAAGAAGAGAAGGCUCGAUAUAAGUGGUUGAAAGAGAUAGCGUUUGUUGACAGGAUCCCAAAGAGUGGAACAGGGAAAAUUCUCAGAAAUGCGGUUAAAGAAUGGGAAAGGAGUUUGCGUAGGCAGGAUGGGCCAAGGCUAUGA